AAGAAAGGAACAAUAUGGAAGGUCGGUACCAACCGCCAAUGUCUUGAACUCCUGCAUUAACACACAGGGAGCUGUCACAGAGCCCUCUCUAUUUUCCAGAGCUAUCAAACUCCAUUGGCUCUCUUCCUUACUGUUCAAUCUUGAGAUGGAGGAGGAGAUUUCUUCUUCGUCUUCUCUCUGUUCGCCAUCGAUCUUCACGAAUUACACUCUCCUUUCAGCUGUGAUCACAUUUGCUAUCAGUCAAUCCGUAAAGUUCUUCACCUCCUGGUAUAGAGAAAGGCAACUCGAUCUCAAGCGUCUUGUAGGGUCCGGUGGCAUGCCAUCCUCCCAUUCUGCAACUGUUGCCGCACUUGCUGCAGCUGUUGGGUUUCGCUACUGUCUUGGAGGAUCGGAAUUCGCCAUUGCUGCACUUGCUGCAGCUGUUGGGUUUCGCUGGUCUGGAGCAAGAUUACAGGCGGGAUGCCAAGCAGAGGUUUUGAAUCAGAUAGCGUGCGAACUGCCGGCUGAACAUCCUCUUGCUGAGAGCAGGCCACUGCACAAACUUCUCGGCCAUACCCUCUUCAGGUCAUUGUGGGUUGCUUGCUCGGAAUUCUCACAGCUCAUAUCGGUUAUUUAAUCAUCAGGUCCAAGUAGCUAGUCGAAUGAUUAGCAGCCUCGACAAUACAGAUACUAUCUCCAGCAGUAAACUCACGGACCAUCAUAUGCAAAAUCUCAAGCUUGAACCUCCGUUUCACAUGGUGAAUACGUUAGUUUGUCGACAUAGUGCCGCAUGUUCUUCCAUUUUAACGACUCGGUGAAUAAGCUUUACAUAAUUCGACAGACUCGAGCGUACCAAACUUGUUUGUGGGAUCAUGAAACCUUAGGCAUCCAUGCCACGAUAAAGAAAUGACAUCUGCAAAAGCACUCAGAUUCUAGUUUGCAGUAAGUGACAUGUUUUUGUUGUCCUCUCUCUUGAUAAAUAUGUACUUCGGUCAUAUGUGCAUUCUUGAAGCCAUUGUUUUCCCAUCUUAUGUCGUGACGAAAUAUAAUAGUACAACGACAACCUUAUCUUUUCAA